AUGGACACCGAGAGAGAGGCCUUGCUGCUCAGUGCCUACCCCGAAGUGCAAGCCUUCUGCCAGAGGCAUGGCCUGGGCUUUGAGGUGGUUGAUCUGAGGUGGGGUGUUCGGGAAGCAGAUGUCUCAGACUACACCAUGACUGAACUCUGCCUGGAGGAACUCAGCCGGUGUCAGGAAACAUCCAUAGGGCCCACUUUCGUCGCCCUGCUGGGUGACCGCUAUGGCCCCUGCCCUGUCCCGGGGCUGAUCGAGGAGCGGGAGUGGGAGGCGCUGGCGGGCUCCCUGCGUGCCCGGCCUCGGGACCUGGAGCUGGUGGCUCGCCGCUUCCAGAGGGACGAGAACGCAGUGCCGCCCACCUACGUCCUGCAGGAGCCAGACGUGGGCGAGGCCCGGGGGCCCGAGGAGGCCUCGCUGGCCUCUGUCCUCCAGGCCGGUGCGCUGGAGGCCCGGAGGCUGGGCCUCCUCAGCCAGGAGCAGUGGCAUCGCUACCAUCGGUCAGUCCUCGAGUGGGAGCUGGAAGUUGGGGUGCUGCGGCCCGGGGCGGCGGCACGGGGGGUCACCGUGUUCCUGCGGGAGAUCCGGGACCUCGACAAGCACCUGCUGGACGAGUGCGCGCUCCUGGCGCUGGACCGCCUGCCCGACGGCUGCCCGGACACGGGGGCCCGGGGCCUCCUGCAGCGCCUCAAGGAACGCCUGGCGGAGGAGCACCCCGAAAUCAUGCAGGCCCACCCCUUGCCGUGGAGCCGGGACCUGCUGAACCCCAAGAACAAGGCCCAUGCCCGCUACCUCCGGGGCCUGGGCGAGCAGUUCGUGGCCAGCGCCCGUCUCCAGAUCCUGGCGGGGCUGGGGGAGCGGGGCGCGGGGCUGGGGGCGCGGGGGGCGCCGCGGGACCAGGCCUGGCUCUUCGAGGAGCUGCGCGUGCACCAGCGGCGCCAGGCCGCCGAGGCCGCGGCGCCCCUGUGCGGCCGGCAGGAGCUGCUGGCCCGGCUGGGGCGGCGGCUGCGGGACGGGGAGCAGCGCCCGCACCCCCCGCUCGUGCUCUUCGGGGCCCCGGGCGUGGGGAAGACCGCCUUGCUGUGCGCGCUGGCGGGCGGCGCGCCGGGGCUGCUGGGCCGCAAGGCGGUCACCGCGCUGCGGGUGCUGGGGGCGUCGGGGAGCAGCGUGGACCCCGGCGCGCUGCCCCGCUCCCUCGCCCUGCAGCUGAGCCUGGCCUUCGGGCUGCCGCCGCCGCCCGGCCCGGUGCUGGCCCGCCGCGGCCGCCUGGCGCAGUUCCUGCAGGCGCUGCUGCACGCCGCGGCCCGCCGGGACUGCGAGUCCCUGGUGCUGGUGCUGGACGACGUGGACGCGCUGGACGGCCUGGGCCCCGGCCGCGACCCGCUCCCCUGGCUGCCCGCCCGCUGCCCGCCCCGGGUCCACGUCGUGCUGUCCGCCUGCUCCGGGGGCCGGCGGCGGCCACGGCACGCGCUGGACGCGCUGCGGGCCAAGAUCCAGGACGCCGACGCCUUCGUGGAGGUGCCGCCGCUGGCCGCCGGCCCCGGGCAGGACUUGGUGCGCGGCCUGCUGGCGGCCGCCGGGAGGGCGCUGAGCCCCGCGCAGCAGGCCGCGCUCUGGGCCUGGCUGCCAGACUGCGGCCACCCCGGCCGGCUGAGGCUGGCCUUCGAGGAGGCCCGCCGCUGGGCCUCCUUCACCGUGCCCGCCCCGCUGGCCGGCACCGCCGAGGAGGCCACGCACCACCUGUGCGCGCGCCUGGAGGAUGCGCACGGGCAGCUGCUGGUGUCCCAUGUGCUGGGCUACAUCGCCGCCUCCCGGUUCGGGCUGUCGGAGGCGGAACUGAAGGAUGUGCUGUCCCUGGACGAUGAGCUGCUGUGCGAGGCGUACCGGGCCUGGACGCCACCCAGCCGCCGGCUGCUGCGCUUCCCGCCCCUGCUCUGGGUGCGGCUGCGGAGGGACCUGGGCCUCUGCCUGGCCCGGAGGCCCGCGGACGGCGGCCAGCUCCUCACCCUUGCCCACAGGCAGCUGGCUGAGGUGGUGAGCGUGCGCUACCUGUCAGGGCCCGAGAGAGCCCAGAGGCACAGCGUCCUGGCCGAUUUCUUUUCGGGUGCCUGGAGCCAGGGCACCAAGAAGCUCAUCACCCUGCCGCUUGUGGGGGUACCCCUGAGCCUGGACCGCAAGGUGGCCCCGCAGCCGCUGUGGUUCUCGGACUCCGUGGCCAACGAGCGGCGGCUGCAGGAACUGCCCCGACACCUGCUGCUGGCGGGCCGCACGCGGGAGCUGCGGCAGGACCUGCUGGGGAACGUGAGCUGGCUGGCGUGCCGGGCGCUCUCGGGGGGCGCCGAGGCGCUGCUGGAUGACUUCGACCUCUGCACGCAGCACCUCCGCUGCCCCGAGGUCGGCCUGAUCCGCGAGGCCGUGCGGCUGAGCCGCCCCGCGCUGGAGCUCCGAGGCACCGAGAAGAGCACGCUGUACACGGAGCUCCUGGCGCGCCUCCUUUUCUUCUCCAAGUCCCACCCCGCGCUGGUGGGGCAGCUGUGCCAGCAGGCCCAGAGCUGGCUCCGCGCAUGCCCGCACCCCGUGCUGGUGCCCCUGGCCGGCUUCUUGCAGCCCCCUGGAGGCCCCCUGCAGGCCACCCUCACUGGGUGCCACAAGGGCAUCACCGCCGUGGCUUGGAGCCAGGAGCAGCGGCUGCUGGUGCUUGGCACGCACGACGGUGUGGUGGCCAUGUGGGACGUGGAAGAGGAAUGCCCGGUCCACUUCCUCCCCGCACACUCAGGCGAGGUGUGGUGCGUGCGGGUGUUCGCGCAGGGCGCCCGCGCCGUCUCCGCCUCCACGGACCGCACGCUGCGCGUGUGGGGGCUGCUGUCCGGCCAGCAGCAGCUCAGCAUCUGGGACGGAGGCGCAGCAAACUCCACCGAGCCCCAGACCCGGAGCCUCCACGUGGACGAAGCAAAGCAAGUCCUGUACUUGGCGUCGGGGUCAAAGAUCAGCGCGUGGGCGCUGGAGACGGCGGCGCUGCUGUUCCGUGUCCUGGGCGAGGCCUCGGACCCCUGGCUGUGCGCGGCCUGGCUGGCGGCCCCCACGCGGCUGCUGACCGUGUCCCGGGCCUGCGUGGUCAGCGUGUGGAGCGCAGCCUCGGGCGCGCUCCAGGGCAAGCAGCGUCUGAGCAGCGUCCGGGGAGAGACCCCCACGUGCGCCGCUCCCCUCCACAAGCAGGGCACCGUGGUCGCUGGCUUUAGCAACGGCUCUGUCUCCCUGAUUUCCUCGAAGGGAGACAGAUUGCUGGAGAAGCUUCCAGAAGCUGUGGGCUUGGUAGAGGUGUCGGAAGACGGAUCUCUCCUGGCUGCAGGUUUCGGGAAAUCUGUGCGGAUCUUUCUGGCCGACGCCCAGGGUUUCCAGCGAUUCCUGGCUACUGACCUGCGACACGAGGACGCGGUUGAGACAGCUGUUUUCGGUCCUAAGAAUAACCUGAUUGUCACUGCAUCACGGGACGCCCUCAUUCAGGUGUGGAGCCUGUCGGAGCAGGGCGCGCUGCUGGGCCUCCUGGAUGGUGUGGGGGCGCCGCUGGGCACGCUGGUCCGGGCGGGGGCGCUGGUGGUCGGGGCCUCGCGGUGGUCUUCCACCUUCAGGGCCUGGGAUGUCAGCCGGGCCCGCCAGCGCGGGGCCUGCGCCCCCUUCCCGGACCGCACGGGGCUCACGGCCGUGUCUCACAACGGAAGCUACGUCUACUUUCCCGGAGUCGGCGAGAAAAACCAAGUCACCAUCUGGGACCUGGCGGAGGGCGAGGCGCGCGGCGCGCUGGACACGUCCAGUGAGGUCCGGUGUCUGGAGGUGGCCGAGCAAACCAAGCUCCUAUUCGCUGGCCUGGUUUCGGGGGCCGUGCUGGUGUUCCCCCUCAACUCCACGCAGGACGUCCUGUGCAUCCCUCCCCCCGAGGCCCGGAAGGCCGUCACCUGCAUGGCACUGAGCAAGGAGGAGGAGCGGCUGGCCGUGGCCUACAACAACAUGGUCCUGGUGCUGGGCGUCGGGCCCGGGGACCCCUGCCCGGUCGUCGAUGGCCCCACGUUCACCUUCUACACCCAGCUCCCUGACACCAUCGCCACUGUGGCCGUGCUGGCCGACUCCCGCGUGGCCUAUGGCAUGACCCACGGCGACCUCUUCCUGUACGAGUGUGCCAGUUCCAAGGUGUGCCCUCUGGAGGCCCACGCCAGUAGAGUCUCGUGCGUGGAGGUCAGCCACGGGGGGCAGCUGGCGGUGAGCGGCUCCGAGGAAGGCUUGCUGUGUCUGUGGGACUUGGGCACCUGCCAGUGCAAACUCGAGAUGAGUUACAUGGGCUCCAUCAUCAGGGGUGUCCAGUGCGUGUGCUUCUCCCAAGACGACAAGUACCUGUUCUCAGCCUGGAGGGACGGCUCAAUCCUCGUGUGGAGAGCACUGGAUGGCUCUCUGCUGACAGUCCAGUUCGUCCACGCCGUGGUGAACAGGAUCAUCCCCACGGCCAAUGGUUUCCUGGCUCCCACCAGGCAGGGCCGGCUCAUCCGGGUGCGGUUCCAGUGCCCAGCGGCCAGUGCCUCGCCGCAGGAUGCCCUGCAGAACUUCCAGAAGGCUGUGUGGAUGGUGAAGACCAGGAGGAGAGAAGAGCUGGUGGCCGGUGCGGGAUCAGCUCAGGACCCCGGCUCAGAGGCCCGGGAGAAGGAAACGAACCCCAACAAGCGCUCACAAGUGUGCCUGCUGCUGUAG